AUGAAUGUGCUAAGUGCAGUGAUCCUAUGUUGUCUGGUAUGUGUGUCCGAUGAAGUAAACCGACAUUCGCUUCGCUGUCUGCACGACAUCGCAGAACGACAUUUUCAGUCAGGAAGCAACUUGGUCGUUUCAGACAACGCUGAAGCGUGCGUGAGUCUUCCCACAUCGAGAGAAUCCCUUAGGACGCUGAGGAAAGAUGUAGAAAAUUCAAUAUAUUUGGAUAAAGAAAGUUGGGACUUAGUUUUGGCAGAUCUGUACAUGUCUGGAAAAUUGUCACUGUUUCUUGUUCGUGCAAACGAUAGAAAUAACGUGAAGUACAUAAUGGAGAACAAACUGACAGAAAGCAAACCUGGAAGCUAUAUCUUAGUAGCAGAAUGUGUACAAAUAGAAGAAGUGGUGGAAGAUAUAAGACAGCAAAUCGCUAGACUGAAGGCAGGCAGAGACUGGAAUCCACGGGCACGAUUUGUAGUCUUGUUGAUGCAAACAGACAGUGACCAGAAAACACUGGCAGAACAUAUUUUAUCCGAGCUCUGGAAAUUUAAGGUUGCAAAUGUUGUUAUCUUAACACAUGCUGCCGAUGUUAGACUUGAGGAGGCUGAUAACGUCGGAGAGCUUCUUCCUGUGUUAGAUGUGUACACUUGGUUCCCGUACCAGACUCCCAGCAGGUGCGGUGAAAUAAUAAACGCUGUUUUACUUGACCGCUGGGUAAUUAACAAUAGGAGCAUCGGCUACUUCUUGUAUAACGUCUCGCUGUACCCACAAAAAAUUCCCAAAGAUUUCCAUGGAUGCCCCUUACGAGUAUCCGGUUUUCAGUUCCCGCCUGUGAUGAUGGAGAAGAAGCUGAAUGAUGAUGGAAAAAUUGAGUAUGAACAGGGAACUGAAGUGAGACUUCUGGAGCAGAUGGCAAGGAGAACUAAUAUGUCCAUUUUAUACAGACCACCUCCACCUGACAAUGGUUUCUGGGGAGAGGAAUUGGGGAACGGCUCAUGGACGGGGCUGUCAGGUGAGGUCGCCACAGGGUAUUCAGAUAUCGCCUUGGAUAAUUUUUGGUACAAAUGUCACAUCAUUAAUGAUAUAGAGUGUUUGGUACCUCAUUUAAUGGAUUCAGCAAGGUGGUUCGUUCCGUGUGCCAACCCAUACCCUCGUUGGACCAGCAUCACUAGAGUUUUCAAAGCAUAUCUCUGGUUGGGAUUAUUGGUAGCCUAUAUCAUUGUUGCUUUGUUAAUGUGGCUCGUAGUUAUGAUACGAAAUACAUUUCCAUCUCCGUAUACAAACAACGAAGCCUAUACAGACGUUGCCAAAUGUCUGCUUAAUUUUUGGGCUGUUAUCCUUGCAUGUUCCAAUCCUAACUUUCCUCCGCAAGAUAUUUCUACACGAUUUGUUUUUUUAACGUGGGCUGUAUACUGCUUGGCUGUCAACACAGUCUAUCAGACCUUCCUGACCAGCUACUUGGUUGACUCAGGCCUUCAAAGUCAAAUAUCCUCGGAGGAAGAGCUUCUUCACUCAGGGAUAGAGUACGGUGUCCAUAAAUCUAUUCUAGCUCACUUGCCACAUCUUACCUCCAAGAGAUACCCUCGCAGAAUUGACUGCACAACAUUUGAAGAAUGCCAGAAUCGAACAGCCUUCAAAGGCGACCUUGCGUUUGUGUUCUCCGCUCUGAACAUGGCAUAUGUUGCAGCCAAAAGGUACACGGAUGGGAAUGGCAAACCUCUGAUCUGCCUAUUCGACGAGAUCAUUGCCAAUCAAAUUAUAUCCAUGCCGGUCCCGAAAGGCUUGCCAAUGCUGGACGAAUUUAAUCGCAUUAUUCAACAUACUAUAGAAGCAGGGCUGUUGGAACAGUGGCUGAAGAAUAUAAAGUACACUGCAACUCUGACUUCUGCCAGAGAUUUCAGACUGUCAACAGGAGAAUACAACAAAUUAACGCUGGAACACUUGCAGUCUCCAUUCUACUUCUUGUUUCUCGGUUACGCACUCUCUGCAAUAACUUUCAUUGGAGAGCUGAUAUUCCGUUGGAAAUGCACUAGACACUGUAUUUGA